GUCAGCCGCGGAAAGAAAGAGGUACGAGCAGUGGAGCAGGACGAGGGAGGGCAGGCUAGGUACCGACAACACACCUAGGACAUUUUAUCCUUCACGUUACAGAGAGCUGUACGACUUUUACCGAAGAUGCAUAGACGUUUGACUGGUGUCCUGGCUGUAUUAUGCCUACUGCUGCUAAUUGCUGCAAAAACAUGUACUGGAUACGGGCUGGACGGCCCUGGAAAGAGACCAUUCCAUUUUCCGGACGAGAAGCAAGCAACUUUCGCCGACGGCCUCAGUAGUUACGACGUCGUGCACCCCACGAGAGUUUCUCCAGACGGAGAGUUCAUAUCGCACCGUGUCGUGCACAGCGAACAUCAGCACCACCUCCGCCGGCGGGGUGCAGACGACCAAGGGCGCCCCUCCUCCCCUCAAGCCGGCGGGCUGCACUACAAGGUCACCGUGGACGGGGUUGACUUGCAUCUUGAUCUCCGGCUGAACUCGGCCCUGUUGGCCCCCGGGUACGUCCUGGAACGACAUCGGGGGAACGUUUCACGGGCGGCCAUCUCCCGCGGCCCCGCCAACCCCUGCCACUUCGUGGGUACCGUCCCCACAGCGAGACACUCAUCCGUGGCCAUCAGCACUUGCAGCGGAUUGAGAGGGCUGAUCAGGACAGGGACGGACGACUAUUUCAUCGAGCCAGUCCGCGGACACAACGUCACCGGCGAGGAGAAACAUCCUCAUCUCAUCUACAAGCGGUCUGCUCUGCCCAGAGAUGACCGGUGCCUGCCUGCCUCCCCGCCUGCCUCCCCGCCUGUGUACCAGGGAGAACACGCGGACUUCUGUGGGUUGGAAGGUAAUAGACAGAGAGACGAAAUCAGAAGAGAUCGAUGGGAAAACAAGCACCACCACCACCAAGAUGGCGGCGAACAACAUGGCGGCCGCGCACGCGCAAGACGGUCCAUCAGCAAGGAGCGGUUCGUGGAGACUCUGGUCGUGGUGGACAAGAAGAUGAUCGAAUACCACAGGGACGAUGACGUCGAGAAGUACGUGCUCACACUGUUAAACAUGGUCUCCAGACUCUACCACGACCCGUCCAUCGGGAACCUCAUCAAUAUUGUGCUCGUGCGCCUAAUGCUGCUGGAAGAGGAACCAGAGGAGUUGUCCAUCUCACACCACGCUGACCACACGAUGUCUAGUUUCUGUAAGUGGUCUAAGAGCAUCAACCCAAAGGACGAGAUGCACCCCAACCACCACGACGUGGCCAUCCUUCUGACAAGGUACGACAUCUGUACAGGUAUGAACGAGCCGUGUGGGACGCUGGGGCUGGCGCAGGUGUACGGCAUGUGUCAGCCGCACCGCAGCUGUAACAUCAACGAGGACACGGGGCUGGCUGUCGCCUUCACUAUGGCACACGAGAUCGGACACAAUUUUGGUAUGAAGCACGAUGACGAGAAGAGCGGGUGCCAGACGCCGCCCCAGCAGCGGCCACACGUCAUGUCCCACCUGCUAACCACACAGACCAGUCCGCUAGCCUGGUCCAACUGUAGCAGGGACACCGUCACCACGUUUCUAGACCGAGGGUGGGGCAGUUGCCUUGACGACGAGCCGUCCCCACAUGACUUCACGUUCCCGACCCUCCCUCCCGGCAUGAUGUACGACGCUGACCACCAGUGUCGCCUGCAGUACGGACCCACCGCCUCUCUCUGCUACGGCAUGUCGGAUGUCUGCAACACGUUGUGGUGUAACGUAGUGGAGACCAACGCCUGUCACUCUAAACUGGAGUCCGCUGCAGAAGGAACCCGCUGUGGUCACAGCAAGUGGUGCAAUAGAGGAAACUGUGUAGCCGUGACUGCAGCGCCCCCUGUCGUAGACGGAGGGUGGGGCACCUGGUCCGAGUGGUCCAGCUGUACCAGGACGUGUGGAGCGGGUGUGCAGCAUGCCAUCAGAAGCUGCGACAGCCCGCGACCAUCACACGGUGGACGGUUCUGCCUAGGACAGCGCAAGCGAUUCAGACUGUGCAAUGUGGAGGCCUGUCCUGAGGGUGAAGUUGACUUCCGGGAGUGGCAAUGUCUAGUGCACGACGACAAACCGUUCAAGGGCAACUACUACAACUGGACGCCUGUCACUUACCCUCAGUACCCGUGUGAGCUCCACUGUAAGCCGAAAGGAAGUUUCUUCUCCGCACGACUGGCGGAGGUCGUGAUCGACGGGACGCCGUGCCUCAAGGCAUCACGGGACGUCUGCAUCGACGGGACGUGUAGGCCUGUCGGCUGUGACUUCAUCCUGGGUUCUAACGCCACCGAAGACCGGUGUGGGGAGUGCAGUGGAGACGGGACCUCCUGCGAAACCAUUAAGGAGUCUUACAACGAGAAGGAAGGCAGAGGUUACGUGGAAGCGACUGUUAUCCCUGCCGGGGCCCGUAACAUCCGUGUGGAGGAGGUGGCAGAGGCCAACAACUUCCUGGCACUCAAGGGACCCGACGGAGAAUACUACAUCAACGGCCACUGGUUCAUACAGUGGACAGGAGAGUAUGAGGCGGGCGGCACGACGUUCCGGUACGAGCGGCAUGGCAACAGGGAGGUGUUCACGGCGCCCGGACCCACCACUGAACAACUGCACAUCAUGCUGCUGUUCCAAGAAAAGAAUCCAGGCGUCGUUUUUGAGUACACCAUUCCACGGGAACAGAACGACACAGACGGAGAGCCGACUAGAAUCCCGGAGUUCAACUGGAAAUACAGCGACUGGACCGAGUGCACUGCAACUUGCGGGACAGGUACACAGAGAUCCCGGGUCAUGUGCGUGGAGACGGAAGCUGGACAGGUUGACCCAAGAUUCUGCAAUUCGACCACCAAGCCCGACGACAAGCUACGAACAUGUAACGAGGAUCGGUGUCCGUCAAGAUGGUGGACAGGUCCGUGGCAGCACUGCACGGCGUCGUGUGGGGAGGGCGGGACCCGGACCAGGUCGGUCCUGUGUAUCCGCAGUAUCGGCCCGGACGAACAGAUGGCGCUGCCGUUCGUGGAGUGCAUAGCGCUCCCCAAACCUCCUCAUGAGGAGACCUGCAACAAGGACGUCCCCUGCCCCUUCUCCAAGUGGAUUCCUGGUCCAUGGUCAGAGUGUUCAAAGAGCUGUGGAGGGGGCAUCAAGACCCAGUCACUCUCCUGUAAGGACGAGGCCACGUGCGACCCAAGCGUCAAACCCAAGACUGUUCUAUGCAACAUUCACGCCUGUCCCCCGGAUUCUAUCACAGAGACUACCACGGCAGACGCUCACAUUACAGCAGGCGUCAGCAGAACAGAGCUAGCGAACACACCUGUCACAGGAACAACACAGUUUCUACAUAGCAGAGAGAAAGCUGGAAAGCCGACAGAAGAUAACAGUUUACAAGAAAGGGAAAAGAAAAGAAAUUUCAGCCACGAGAACAUCAUCACGAGAUUCAGGGCUUUCAUGAUGGGUGACGAUGCUCACGUCGAAGAUAAACCUUUCCUCAAGCGUUUGCGCCCGACAAAAUCAGACGACAGUUCUGCCGCACACACAGAAAAGUCCAGAUCACAGACAGAAACCACUACUCCGAUAGAUACGGCUAGACUUCCACUUGGUACUCUGUCAGGAGAAAAGCAAGUGGUUACGUCAUGGUCAAGUUCAAGACCGACGUCAAGCACUCCUGCUUUUGUCGACAGGACCAAUGAUCCCUCCAAAGUUGCCAUGGUCCGAGCAGCACUGCGUCUGAAAACAGAGACGCCCACUACGGCACCGACUACUGUGUUGACAGAACAGAUUUCUACUCUGCCUCAUUCGGCUGCUCACUCCACUGCGGCAACUUUGAGUGUAACAGUCAGUGAGGACACAGAGCGACAUCGUCACGAACUCCACAGAUGGGUGACUGGAAACUGGUCAGAAUGCUCCCAUACGUGUGGGUAUGGUCUGCAGACCAGAGACGUGUCGUGUUCAGGGCGGGAUGAGUGUGAGCACGGCAAGAAGCCCCUUCAGCAGAGACCAUGCUUCACCCGCCCGUGUGCACUGUGGGUCACUGGAGGCUGGAGUGAGUGCUCAGCGUCUUGUGGAGGCGGCCAACAGAGGCGGCAGGUGCAGUGUCAGGAUAUGGACACCAGGAGGCGCAGUCAGGACUGCGACAAACGGCGGGAACCUGCCAACGAGCAACAGUGCAAUCUAGAGGACUGUCCCUCUGAAAAUUCAGCCCAGAGUAGAUGUACAGGCGACAUGAACAGACCGCACCUGUGCAACAUCGUGGUUCGGUUCCGCAGGUGUCACAUGCCGCAGUUCCGGGCCAAGUGCUGCAAGAGCUGCGGGGAUCCAGUCAUCAGCCACAAAACUCAUCAUCAAAGCAAACAUGCCGAGAAAUGAGCCGGACACAGUGUAAUAAUGCCAACUGUAAUCGUUGUUGUGGUAGGAUAAGUCUAAACAAUGUCUUCUCUAACUAUGUAAGUGUUUAGGCUAGCCUUGCAGUGGCGAUACGGGCUGCUAUGGUACGAUAUUUUGGCAGGUUCUAACCACAUCAUGAAGACCGAGGGAAGCGUCAGCGUAAAAUUGCAAAUACUGCUCACAACUGGAUUGUUAGAAUCGGACACUGUUCGUAGAAACAAACGAUAGAUUGAGGAAAUAUCUGGGAUUCGUAUGGCUUUAAGGUACUCUCCAAGCAGAGGUUUGGGUUAUUUUUGGCCUGUUUUUAGGCUUUUUUAUGUGUUUUUUUUUCACCACCUCCAAAAGAAAUCC